GCUGAUCGCUGUAAACACGCAGACAGCGGAAGUAUCGUGUCAAUCGUGUGUUACGAGCUCCAGGGUAAGAAAGGAUUGUGUUAUCGCAGAUGAGCCAAGAAAGUUAAGUGAAAAUGACCCACACACAUCCAGGAGCCGGCAAAUUUUUAUUUUGCGUAGCCGGCAUAUUCGUCUGUUACUCUUAUUUUGCUAUUCUGCAGGAGAAAGUUACCAGGGGCGAAUAUGUUGAUGGUGAUGUUAAUGAGAAGUUUACUUACAUGUUUGCCUUAGUCUUUGUACAAUGUGUUGUCAACUGUUUGUUCGCCAAAGUACUGCUCAUGACUGUGAUGAAACAGGGUGAAGAUACCACCAAGAAUUUGUACUAUAGUGUAUGUGCUCUCACAUACUUGUUAGCCAUGGUCUGCAGUAACAUGGCAUUGCAGUUUGUCAAUUAUCCAACGCAGGUGAUUGGUAAAGCUGGCAAGCCUAUUCCGGUUAUGAUACUUGGAGUAUUACUAGCUGGAAAGAGCUAUCCAUUAAAGAAAUACUUUUUUGUGACACUUGUUGUUGCUGGAGUAGUUCUGUUUAUGUACAAAGAUAAAGUUUCUAUAAAAAAAAUUGAAGGAGAAAGCUUUGGUCAAGCUCUUUUGCUGCUGUCAUUGACAAUGGAUGGUCUUACCAGUGCUGUACAAGACAGAAUGCGAACAGAGUAUAAAUCAAAGUCUGGACACAUGAUGUUUAAUAUGAAUGUAUGGUCUGCUGUCAUUAGUGGUGCUGUUAUUAUACUUACUGGCGAAUUUGUAAGCUUCCUCAAGUUCCUUCAAAGGCAUCCAGCAGCAUUGCAGCAUAUCUCUACUCUAUCAAUAUGUGGAGCUUUGGGACAAUACUUUAUUUUCUUGACUGUCUCUGAGUUUGGUCCUUUAGCUUGUUCCAUUGCUACAACUACAAGAAAAUGCUUCACAGUAUUAGCCUCUGUCAUGUUCUUUGGCAAUACAUUACUUCCCAGGCAAUGGCUUGCUACUGGUAUUGUGUUUUUAGGACUUUUUUUGGAUGCCUUUUAUGGAAAAACUCAAGCUGUGAAAAAAACUCUAGCCAAAUAACUGGAGUACACUAUUUAGAUUCAAUUUAGAUGAUUUAAUUCAAAUUUUUUGCAUCAUGCCGUCUACGAAUUUCCCUGACAUCAUUACUCUUUUUUUUUAUUUUUGAGUAAUUAAUGUUUACUCCAUCGCAAGGCAGAUUGAUGCUUUUAAAAAAACUUUGUUAUUCAUUACUGUUUAUUAUAAAAAGUCUUUUUAUGUGAGUCUUGUGGUUCAGCUCAUUUUGUAAGCUAUGAUGUUGAGAAAUAGUAUUAUUAGGUAUUUUUAUACACUUGGAAAAUGUACAAUUUAUAUAAUAGGAAAAUAAUAAUUAAUCAUCUUAUUUAGUGUGACGUCGGGGUCACUCUCAGGUACGCUUGGAGUAUGCGUAAGUUCAGGGCUGCUCUGAUUUGGCUUGCGUGCAACGCAUAAGCCGGGACGAGCAAUAUUGUUGCGCAGAGAAACUACUAACCGGGAAAUAAUAACUGAAUGUUAUUAUUGAACAUACCAGACUCUCACUUAAUGUCAUCUUAAAGGACUCUAAGGGAAAUUCGCCAGACUCACGCUUAACGAAUUUCCAGAAAGAAAGGGGAACUAGAGAAAAAUAAAAAAAAGGAAAGAAAGAAGAGAAAAGAUAACCAGAUACAAAAUUCACUUACUUUUUAUUUUAUUAGACUGCUUUAUAUUUAGGCCGCGUACUCUCUGUUCUUUAACCUCUAUCUCUCUCUCAAUUCUGGAUGCACUUGGCUGACUUCUUGGUUAACUUCUUGGUACUACUUUACACUACUGAUUCUUCUAAAAAAAUUUUCUAUCCUUCUGUCUUUCUUCCAGCACUGGUCCCGCAGUCUUGUACAGAGCUUUUUAUAAGCAGUGGGUGGUUGGGUGGAAACCCCCUUCUUCCGGCUGAUGACAUGAUGACGAUUAAAAUUUUCUAUAUGGGUGGUAUUUGUAAUUGAUCAUUACGGUUUUACUUUUGUUUUCGCUUAAAACAUGAAAUUAUUUAUUAGUUAUUUUGUUCUUGCACGGGUUGAACUGGAUAAAUAAUAUAUCUUAAAAAGUUGCGCGUUAUGGUACGAUGGUUAUUAGAACAAUCACUAUUUGAUUUCCUAUAAUAGUAACUUACAAAAUUGAUUAAACCUAUUUAAUAUUACGGAUAUUCUCUUAGUGUUUUCUUUAUUUUUCGACUAAAAUGAUUUUCAGAAUGAGAACUCAAUUAUAGGUCUGAGGAAGCCAUAAUUAUCUAUUAAUAAGAAAAAUUUCCCGAUUUCAACAAUUUUAUUUUAUUCAAUGGUAAAUUGCAAAGUUUCUUACAAAGAGAAAAUUCGGUGGGAAAAAAAGAUAGAUUAUAUUUUUAUGGCCCCUCUUCUUAUCGGCGGGAUAGUGCUUCAAGAUAUAUACGCGAUGAUCGUAGGCUCCUGUCAACACAUGCGAGUGGGACAAAGCAGGAUAAUGCAGCGAUUGUAAGGCCGGGUACACAGGUUUGGUCCGCUAUCAGGUUUUAUAUUAACACCAUGGGAAAUCUUAGUAACGACUCUCAAUCCCUCUCUUUUUAUAUAUCUUGAAGGUCCUCAUUCUGUUCUUAAUAUUAAUUUCUAUUAAUUAAUUAGGAUUAAAAAAAACUAAAUUACGGCCUGCCGUUACAUUAGUAUCACAUCUCAUAAGUACUUCACAUGUUUACACAGUAAUAACUAUUUAAAAAAUCAAUGAACGUAGUUGAUCUAUAUAUUUUUCAAAAUUCUCUAGUUAUAAGUUUUUAUCAGUCUAUCAAGUGUAUUGUAAAAAUUACUGAAAUGAAUUUAAAUUGGUUGAAAAUCAGAUGUAUCUUAUUUCUUUAAUGAUAAAUUAGAAGCUUACUAUAAAUGUAAACAAAAUUGUGAUGUUUUGAUGGUGCAAUUUAUGAUGAUGCAAAAAGCAAAACCAAUUAUAAAUAAAAUUCAACUAA